AUGCCUAAAAGUUGUGAAAGAGGCAUCGGACUCCGGAUGCACUGCAGUCUUGCAACGGACGCAAGAACUGACGAUUGCGACACGAUUAUGCCCGGCACCCUCGCUUCGCUCAGAGAUCACGAGCGACGAGGCAGUUCUCACGGACCUUCCGAGGCAAGCUCAAGGGACGUAGGCAAAGGUGCAGGCAAGGAGAAGGGAAAGCAGAAGACAUUCAUGGACCGCUGGGUAGAGCCUGCGCUGCAGGCUCCCAAGCCAAGUUAUCAGGAUCAUGGCGCAGGCCCGUACGGCGUGUUGGAACACAUGCAGCCUCUUGGCGAAGCACCGAGCGCGAAGGUCAAGCAGAGGGUGAAGGCAGAUGGGUCGCGAAAGUCAGCGCUGGGGCGAAGCGCUGCCGCUGGGGGAGUAGAUGCUCAGGAUACUCCGGAAGGGACACCAGCGCCUUCUGGGCCCGUCUCGCAUUCUGUAGAGCCACCAGCCACUCAGCCGAUAGUGAUUGACGAUGACAGAGAUGGAGAUUAUGCGCCGACAGUGAAUGGCAAGAAGAAGGACCGUGCCACCCGGACACGAACGGUGAAGCGAAAGAGCGAAUUUGCGACAUCCGCCACUUCAGCUGUUCCAUCAAUCAAACGACACUCUCCACCAUCUGCACCUACACCAAAAUUCGAAUACGACGGCGCCAAGUUACAUCGUGUUGUUGAAGCUGCAAAACAACGUGCCAUCGAGGUUGGCAAGCCGGAUCUUGCCGCAGCUGUCAACGAAAUUUACGAACAGAGCCUGUUGGACUACAAGCUGCGACUGCUUCUUGAAGCCAUUCUUACCCAAAACGCUACUGCACAACAAAAUGACGAAUUUCAAGACUACGUGAGAAGAGCCAAAAAGAAACUCAAGGACGCCAAGAAUAAAGCACGGCAACCGCCGGCCUCGAAAACAAACGGAACCGAGCAGAAGUCUUCUGAAAAUCCCCAGCCACCCCCGACAAAGCUCACUUCGGCACCAAAACCACCGACUGCGCCUGAAACCUCUCUUGCCAUUCCAUCUACAGAAAGACUUGAAAGUCACAAGCCCAAGAUAUCUCUCAAAGUCAAGUCACCAGUCAAGGAUCCAGGUCGCCGUCGCUCUGGUCACGGCAAUAUGUCAGUCUCACCGAGGAAGCGCUCAGGCAGCGUGGGUAGCGACUCGUCGCUCACAUCGCUCACCUCGAACGAGGACGACAACGAUAUGGAUUUUGACAGCCCCGGCGACCAAGCCGGCGGCACAGCAGGUCCGACUAUCAAACUGAACGGUGUCAGAGGCAAAGACCACGCGGCCGAGCGUGGCUCUCUUGCGGUCCCUGGCGGCUCCGUCAAGCGAUCGUCAGCGGAGGCAGAACUCGAUCAAGAUCAAGCUACGCGUGAUAUGGCUGCUAAGAAGCAGAGAAUGAGUGAGAGCCAAACGCGCGACUACGAGUAUGCCGAGAGUAAUGUGCGUCCUACAGUGAGAGCGCCAAAAACGCGUGCCCUUCAGCGCCUCGUGCCACCGCCCGUCAAACUGGAGCAGAAUGGCAGCCGUGCUGCAAGCGCCAGAGGAAGCAGAGCACCAUCCAUGGAUCUCGACUCGCCUCUCUCGGAUCUUUCUCCAGCAACUUCUCGGCAGAGCACUCCAAGACUGCAGAGAGCGCCCCCGAAACCCGCCGGCAAAAAAGCCAAAACCAAACAAUCGCCCGAAAAGAAACAGCAGGCAGCCUUCAGUGGCAUGUCAGGCGUUGGUGGCGCAGGAAGAGACAGCCCAAUCGGGGAUGAUGACAAUGAAGUGGCUUCAGAGAAUAACGACUUCUGUUCGGCCUGUGGCGGCAGCGGCUAUCUGCUUUGUUGUGACGGGUGCGAUAGGUCGUUUCAUCUUACCUGUCUCGAUCCGCCGCUGGAGGAAGGGGCAAAAGAACUCGACGAGCCUUGGUUCUGCUUUAUCUGCGUUGCGAGGCGUCCUGCGAUCCUCGAUUCGCCCGAAAAGCCAGCUCGAGGAUUGUUUGCUUCGCUGUUCAGCGGGCUGAAAAAGCGCAAUCCAUGCAAUUUUGUCCUGCCCGAAGACAUCAGGAAUUUCUACGAUGGUGUCUCCACAGACAAGAAUGGCAACUUCGUAGAAGCAAUGAGUGGGAAACCAACUCGCGGCAAACCAGGAUACUCUGACGACCAGCCCGAUUACUACAAGCUACGUGACAGCAAGGGCAAUCUGGUGCUCUGCUACUGCUGUGGAAAGUCUUCCCAACAGCUUGCAGGUCCGAAACGACCAAUCGUCACUUGCGACCACUGCUCACAACACUGGCAUCUGGACUGUCUUGACCCUCCGCUGUCUAACCCACCAGCGCUCAAUCAGAAUGGCAGAAAGGUUGUCGACUGGAUGUGCCCUCUGCACGUCGACAAAGACCUGCGCAAUAUCGACACUGCAUUCUUGAGUCGUCGCCGUGUUCACGUUCGCAAACCUAAGCACCCGCGAAUGAUGGAAACGUCACUAAGCCGCGGUCAUGUUAACAAUGGGGUUAUUGACAUCUUUGAAGAUGAGUCUGAUGCAUCUGACUCGGAGUUCUUCGAUCAAGAUGACGGUGGCAUCGUCUAUAAGCUGCCAGAGAAGGGCAUCAAGCUGGACUUCAUCGAUAGGGUCAAAGACACUCGCAUCCAGCAGCUUCGUGAUGAGCGCUCAUAUCAGCGUCUCGAACAGCAGGUCGCCGCUACAUACCCUAGCGCGCUUGAGCAAGCCAAUUUCGCAAAGCGUCCUUUUAACGAACAACAGCUGGCACUCAACCUCGCCCAGUUCGCAAGCGAGAACAAAGAUCUUGACCUUGGCAGUGACCAGGUGGAGAACUUGGUCGGCACGUUAAUCGCCGAAGCUCCGUCUGAAGUCGUGGAAGAGAUGAUGGCAGCGGAAGACGCCGAAAAGACCAGAUCUGCAACAUCUGUUGUUCCACCUUCGCCUCCAGCAUCGGAACAGACACUGGAAUUGUCUGUCGAGCAACGCAAAGAAUUGCAAAUGCUACAGGAGUUGAUCCGACGCAAGCUCGAGAGCAGCAAGACUUGAGAAGAGCACACCAUCCAAUCCAAUCUUUUUCAAACCAUUUAUGAAACAAACCUACGACAAAGGGCUAUGUGUUCCCAAGUCACGGCUUCGACCGGGCUGGGCUUGCACUCUUUCGGCCUCUCCCACCCCUCGGCAGGAUC